AUGAUCGCGGUCAUCAUCGCCAUCCUUGCCGUCCUGAUCUCGCCCAUGUUCUUCAGCAAGCGCCUCGAUGUCGCGGGCAAGGGCUUUGACGGCACGUACUGGGUUUCCGCGUGGACGGCGCACGCGGUCACCAAGCUCUGGGUCAAGAAUCGCGUGUCUGGCACGCUCACCUUCGUCUCGUCGUUCCUUGGCUACACGUCCUUUGCGGGCUACAGCCCCUACGCGCCGGGCAAGUAUGCCCUCCGCGGCCUCGCCGACUCGCUCCGCUCCGAGCUGCAGCUGUACGGCAUCAAGGUGCACCUGUACAUGCCCGCCGGCAUCCUGUCGCCCGGGUACGAGAACGAGCAAAAGACCAAGCCGGCCAUCACGAAGAAGAUUGAGGAGGGGGACACACCCAUCGCGCCCGAGAAGGCCGCUGGCCUGCUGAUCCGCGGCAUCGAGCGCGGCGAGUACCAGAUCACCAACGACCUCGUCACCGACCUCGUGCGCAGCGUGUCCCGCGGCCCGGUCCCGUCGAAUGGACCCCUCGACUAUGUCUACGGCCUGAUCGCGGCCGUCGGACUCCCCAUCUGGCGCCGCAUCACCGACGCGCAGGUCCGCUCCGCCCGCCCCGAGGUCUACAAGCAGCUGGAGGAGCGCGGGUUUUUCAACUAG